AUGUCGGACAAGCAAGCUUCUGCUGGAGCCGAGGGCGGUGCCAGUGCCCCCGAGAGAAAGAAGCCUCAGAAGCUCGGCCAGAAGAAGCCCCAACAGCAGCCCACACCCGACCAGUCGGAAGGAGACGGUGGUGCUGACGCUGAGGCUGAGGCUGGAGGAAACGCAGAAGCCGAUGCCAGCGCCAACGCCGAUGGAGAAGAAGAAGCCGAACCGGAACCUCAACAACAAAAGUCACGUCAAGCAUCUCAAUCUCGCCGACGCCAGAGCCGUGGUCGCGGCCGCCGCGGACAGGAGAGCGACACCGAAUCAGUUGCCAGAAGUGAUGCCUCUGCAAAUGGUGGACGCCGUCAACGUCAACGUCAGAAGAAGCAAGGAGGCGGUGGUGGUGGUGGUCCCCUGGACGACAUUACUGAGAAUGUCCCUGGAGGUGACGCAGUCGGUGGAGCUGGUGAGAUGGUCCAGAACACUGCUGGACAGGCCGUCGACCAAGUCGGAAACACUGCCGGUAACGCACUCGGCGGUCUGACCGGCGGCGGCAGCCAAAAGCAAGGUGGCGGUGAGGAAGAGGAAGACGGCGGCAAGGGCGAGCAGCUUCGUCUGAGACUGGAGCUCAACCUGGAUAUCGAGAUUCAGCUCAAGGCAAAGAUUCACGGUGACUUGACUCUUGGACUGCUGUACGUAUAUCGAAGACUUCUCUCAUCUCGCAAAACUAACAUAUCACCAGGAACUAAAAAUAUUGCUGCUGCGCAUACGCCNAAGCUGCGUACGACCAAUGUUNNGACGACACUUAUAAUGGGAUAUCAUGGAGUUUUGGCCCUUGUUGGAUUACCACAUGUUCAUNNUGUUCUUUCCUUUGCUACAUCAUGUAAAGUACGUUUNAGAUCGAAGACGACGAGACGACUUUUAUCCAUUCAAGGCAUUCCACACGCGUGA